AACCCAAGAAAUGUCUCAUUCCACAAGAAGAGGACUGAUACUUGGCAUCACAGUGGGAACUGCUGGAAUCAGCUUGCUUCUUUUCUGGUACCACAAGUUCCGUAAACCAAGGAUAGCAAUGAAUUUACCUAAACUUCUUUCUGUGGGUAGUACAUUUGAUCCGGUGACUUUGCAAGAUGAAAUAUGUAAUGGCCAAGGAAUAGCAGUGGUCUCCCAAGGAAGGCAACUUCAGAUACUGGAGAAGUUAAAUGAAUUACUAAGAAAUAUGGAGGAACUCAAAGAAGAAAUCAGAUUUCUUAAAGAAGCUAUUUCAAGGCUGAAAGAGUAUGUACAAGGUGAACUUGAGGGGAAGGUGACUGUUCAUAGGGUCAGUCCUCAGCACAGAGCUAGAAGAAGAAGAAUCACCACAGUUCAAAGUUCAGCAACGGGUAAUAGUUCAGAGGAAGCAGAAAGUGAAGGAGGGUAUAUUACAGCUAAUACUGACACAGAAGAACAGAGCUUUCCAGUCCCUAAGGCAUUUAAUACACAUAUAGAAGAAUUAAACUUAGAAGCCCUUCUUCAGAAGGCAGAUCAUUUACGUAUGAAUGAGUCUGGCAAGAUGGAGAGUUUUGAACUACUUUGUGACCAUAAAGAGAAGUUUAAAGACGAAACAGAAUUUAUUUGGCGGUUAGCACGUGCUUACGGGGACAUGUAUGAGUUAUCUACAAAUACUCAAGAAAAGAAACAUUAUGCUAAUAUCGGAAAAACCUUAGGUGAAAGAGCUAUUACUAAAGCACCCGCAAAUGGAUAUUGUCAUCUGUGGUUUGCAGUUUUGUGUGGCUAUGUAUCUGAGUUUGAGGGCUUACAAAACAAAAUCAACUAUGGACAUCGCUUCAAGGAACAUCUAGAUAAAGCAAUCCAAUUUUUACCUGAAGAACCCUUUUUGUAUUACCUCAAAGGAAGAUACUGUUAUACUGUCUCAAAACUGACCUGGAUUGAGAAAAAAAUGGCUGCUACUUUGUUUGGAAAAAUACCUUCCUCAUCUGUAGGAGAAGCUUUGCACAGUUUCCUUAAGACUGAAGAACUAUACCCUGGUUAUUCCAAGUCCAAUUACAUGUACUUAGCAAAGUGUUAUUUAGAUCUUGAGCAAAAACAUGAUGCUUUGAAGUUCUGUAAUUUGGCAUUGUCACUUUCUUCUGUCACCAAAGAGGAUAAAGAAGCACAGAAAGAGGUAGAGAGAAUGAUCACUUCCUUGAAGAGAUAAAUAAAAGAGCUUACUCUCCAGCAAAUCAGAUGUGAUCUACUAAAAUUUAGGCUAAUCAAAUUUGUGUUUUUAUUAUCCUUUUUCAUUUUCAUGUAAGGGUAAUUUACUCAGAUUUGAAGGUAAAACAAUAUUUCUGAAGAAGGUAUUCUGCUAGUAGCGCUCCAGAAUUAAUCAUGUUACUUGGAGAAUCUAUUUACUAUAAUGUCAGGUCAAAAUGAUCUAUUAAUGUGUAUGCUUUAUAUUUUUCCUAUCAAUAAGCUAUAGUCUUCAGAAUAUUUCUUCAAAUAAAAUAUUUAAAUUAGUCCAAUAAAA